AUGGUUGCAAGAAGGUUCAGAAAGCUUAUGGGCCAAAAAAAUCAGAGAUUGGCUAGAAGAGGGUAUAGAAAAGAGCAAGGCUCUUCAUGGAAAACUAAAAAUAAAAACGAGUCCAAUAAGAAGGAAGAGCUUAUAUGCUUUGAAUGCAAGAAGCCAGGACACUUCAAGUCAGAAUGCCCCUUGCUAAAGGAAGAAUCGCCAAAGAAAAACAGAAAAUCGAAGAAAGCAAUGGUGGCUACAACUUGGUCAGAAAGUGAUACCUUAAGUUCUGAUGAUGAAGAAGAAAAGGUGGAAGAAAGAGCUAAUCUGUGUCUGAUGGCAAGGGAUGAUAAAUCAGAGGUAUCUUCAUCCCCUUGUGAUAUUUCAAUUGAUGAAUUACAAGAGGAGUAUGAAUGUUGA